ACUACUUUUUUAUUUUCCCAGUUGUCUAGAAAUAAACUAGUGGCUUAAUGAGCAGUGGACUGUUAUGGAUUUGGAUAACACUGGUCCAAAUGAAGUUCGUUCCGCAGUGUAUCGAGCUGCUCUAAAGCUUCGCACGUUACAAAAACUAUGUCAGAUGCAUCUGGUGUCACUGCAGGAUUUGCGCCCAGUGCUAAAUACUUUAAGCAGUUCUGGGGGACCAGUGAUUAGUCUUGCUCAAGAAGAUGUUCAGCAGUAUCUAGAAGAUCUAUUCCAGAGCAUUUCACAUGAACUUCCUGAUGAGAUGGUCCCUGAAGCCACAGAUCAAACCACCAGGCUUCUCUUUAAACUGUUUGACAGAGAGCAAACUGGUGUUAUUCUGCUCCGGUCGGUGGAGGCCGCGCUGAUCGCCCUCUGUGGAGACACUCUCUCAGCUAAACAGAGAGCUCUGUUCCGACUGGCUGAGAGCUACGGUGGGAAUCAGGAGAGUGACAGGGGCUCUGUCAGUCGAAGUGCACUCAAAAUCCUGCUGGAAGACCUCAGCCAGGUUCCAGCAGUUGUUCAGGAAAACCACGUUUUUGGUCAAGCGGAAACUGCAGUGUGCUCUUGCUUUAAUGGGGUGAAUAGUGCACGUGUGACUGAAGAGCAUUUUAUUGGCUGGCUGCAGUCAGAACCCCGGCUGCUGUUAUGGCUGUCCACUCUCUACAGGAUUUCAGUGAGUGAAGCUGUACAGCACAGAGUCCGCUGCCAUGCCUGUAAAACCUUUCCUAUCACUGGCCUCAGGUAUCGCUGUUUGAAAUGCCUGAACGUACACCUCUGCCAAAGCUGCUUUCUGACCGAGAGACGCAGCAGGAAACACAAGCCCUCUCAUCCUGUACUGGAAUACUGCACUCAGCCAUCCUGGAAGGAGUCAAUGACGUCCCUGGCCUCUAGUGCUCGACACGCUUUGGUACCUCGUCACGCUCGGAGAGAAGCAGAGAGGAAGAGAGCCCUGCGAGCAGGCUCUAGUGCAGAGCUGCAAUACAGUGCCCCUUCUCCAGCGCUGCUGUCUAUAGCAGGUCCAGACAUGCAUAAUGCUCCUGAAAUAAGUCUGACUGCCACCCCUGCUGCGGUUCCAGUAGAGUCUAAAGGCCUGCAAACAGAGGAGACUCAGGAGAUUCCUCAGAGAGAAACAGCAAUUCUCCAAAAAGACCUCAGUGUUACUCAGAAGGCCAUGAGGGAUCUGCAGAGAGAUAAAUGGCUCUUGGAGAAAGAGUUUCAAGUGUGGAGAGUUGCAGCCCAGUCAGAGCAUGAUUCACUGGAGGACAAGUGUACUGAGCUGAAGACCAUGAUGGAGACCAUAAACCAACAGAACCAGCAUCUGGAAGAAGAACUGGACAGAGUCAGACAUGUAAGAGGGAUGUUAUGUGUGAGGGACAGCGAUCGGUUCAGAGGUGACUUUCGUUCGCAUUCAGAGCUUCAACCAGAACACGAUGACAGCAUUAGUGAAAACGACUGGACUCAACCUGGGUGUUUAAAACCUCAAGACAGCUCCAGUGAAGAAGAGCAGGUUCAGGAGGGGGGAGAAGCAUACCAGGAAGAAAGAAUAGAAGUGGAUGAGGAGACUCUUUAUGAGGUAUCAGAAGACAUCUCCACAAAUCUGGAUGAUGAAGACGAGGAUGUCCAUACAGCUUCAGGGCACCAAGAGGAAGCUGAGGAGGAGGAGCUGCUGCAUAAAAGACAAGUUCUUUCUUUACUUCAUCAGUCCAUGUCUGAUUUAGCUCUGGAAGAUCACUCAGACUCAGAUGACUCCGAGGUGGAUGAGGAAGAGGAACUUUGUGAGCUUGUACAGCGACUUCGAAAUGAGCUUUCGCUAUAUACAGCCACAGGGUCAGUCAGUCUGAAGAAAGAAAAGCUAAUGACGGCAGCGGAGGGAGUGAGAGAUUCUGUUUCUCAUCUUGUCACUUCUGUGAGAACCACCAGUUUGGCAUGAGGGCAGCCAAGAGAACUUUCCAUAACCUGCAAACAAUGCAAGCCCAUUUCCAUCUCUCAUUCCAUCACAAGGUUAAUCAUAACAGCAGAUGCUCACAGUGGACUGAUGGUCACACUCACAAUUAAUAAAAUCUAAAAAAUAAAUAGGUUCCAAGAUUUAUUUCACUAUUUAUAUGAAAUGAGACACUGGUUAAUAUUAGAGGGGCACUGAUACUGACAUUCAGAUGAUACAGAAAAGGCAAUAAUUACAUUCUUGUUGCUAUGAAAAUAUUUGAAUUGGUCAGUUGUGACAUUCAACAGUCAAAUUAUUUGCUGUUCAGGACAAGAGUGUGUUUGCUUUGAUUUGGGUCUUUCUGGGUUUAGUUUGAGAUAAUGACCAGGUGACCCUUAUUUAUAGCCCAUAACUUACCAAUAUAACAGACCAUUGCAGCUUUGUCUAAAAAUAUAAAAUCACAGUAAAACUAAGGAAAAAGCCACAACAUAUAGCAAAUAAAUAAAUAAAUAGACCCAGUGUUUGAUUAGAUUAUUCUUGACCAAAAUAUAAAUACUAAGAGAACAGAACUAUAGUCUAUGGAUUAUAGGUAAAUGAGAAGUCAUUAUUUAAGAGAGUUUCUGAAACAAAGUUAUAUAGAAUACACAUACUACAACUAUGAACAUUUGUAACCCUGAGAUAAGCAGAGAAAGAAAAAAAAACAUUUUCAGCAUUUCAUAUGUGCAUCUAAGUUGAAAGACAUGUUGUAGGGAAAACUAAUAUAGGCAGAAGUCAAUAUUGGACACUGAUACCAUUAACAUUAAAUUUAGAAAAAAUCUAAUAUCGAGUGAUAAAUGAUAUCAUUCAUGCCUAGUUAAUGUGAUUUUAUAGCAAAUUUAUAUGCUUUUUUUAUAGAUUUUUUUUAAAAAUACCAGACAUUUCAUUAUUUUAUAACAGUCUGUUGGACAAUAAAUAACCAUUUUUUAUUAUGGGUUCUGAAUUUUUUUUUUAAUAUGGAGAGUUUUAAAAUUUCAGUGUGAUUGCAAAGUCUACCAAAUAAAAAGGAAAAACUGAGAGUACUAAACGGAAGACUUCUGAACUGAUGACAUGCUUGAUGAAAUUUUUUGUCAAGUUCUUUAUUAUCAUUAUUUGUAGUUUUGGCAAUGUUUCCAUGGGAACAUGAGAUGGCUGUAAAAGGGCUCAGGGUUUAGAAGAUGAGUUCAAAAACCUGAAGGUGUAGAUCAAUGAUGAUAUAGAAAAACACCCUUUCUUUCUGCUCUUAUUCCAGUGGCUCCCUCUAUCGAAACAGCCCCAUUCUAUUAAUAAUAUCAUUUGAAUAUCACAAGUGCCUCAAUUAUGCUGUCCCACACAGAUGACAAUGACAUUUUCAUUUUCAGAAGCUGAGAUUUUCAUAGAAACAUUCAUUUUACGUUAUCAGAAGCUUAUUAUAAUGUCAAACAUAGAUGGCCGAGCAUAUAAAAGACUGCCUUAUUAAUAAUCAGCUAGCUUGAGAUCGAUUUCAUUGUUAGUCUCAGUUGAGAAUUCUUUACCAAACCGUAAGGUUUGUGCAAUGUUUCCCUUUGCAUAGUAAGUAAAUGAUAACUGUUUUUCCUUUGACAUGCAGAUACCUUGAAAAGCGCAGCAGGGUGUGUGGGCUCCGCCCCCAGUGCAGUUACAUCAUGCAGCUCUCUGAUUGGCCAGUGAUGACAUUCAGGUCAUGGCCGACCUACAGGGCCAAGCCAGAUUAAAGUUUGUUGUUUUUUUUGUUGUUUUUUUUUCAAGGGGAACAGUAAUUGACGUCAUUAGGCAUAUAUA